GCCGAGUAGUGCUGCCGCUGGGAAUGGCGGGCAGGCGGCAGGUAGUAGCCUGGAUCAGCAAGGCGGAAUGGGAGCAGGUCCUGGAAUAUCUGUACAGCCGGGACUGCAAGCUCCAGCGGGACGCGCUGCACCAGAUCUCCGCGUGGAAGAGCAGGUAUGGGAACAGCAUGCCACUGGCUGUAGAGUGCACUGCUGAUCUGGUGCGGUGCAAAAUCCUGGAUGUUAGCGGCGGCAUGGGAGAACAAGAGCUGGAGUUACUUUAUGGAUUGGCACUGGUCAGGUUUGUAAAUAUAAUCACAGAACCGAAACAGAAAAACAUUGCAAUUCCCUUAAGGCGCCUGGCUAAUGAGCUGAAGAUUCCAGAAUGGGUGGUAAACCUACGUCACAGCGCAACUCACGGGAAGUUGCCCAAACUGAGUCUGUGCCGCAAAGGUUGGGAUUUUGUGAUGGAUUGGCUGAGACGUGAAUAUUGGUCCCGUCAGCUGGGUAACUCCUCAAAUCCUCAGUGGAUGUCUGAAGAGGACAAUGAUUCAGAAGAAGCUGAAGAAGUCCUUCCCACGUUGUCGCUAAAAGAACAGAAACUGCAAACUCUCAAUGCAAAGCUCCGAGAGUCGUUACAGUCCUACACAAGUGAGCAGUUUAAGAUUUUUGAAGAACAACAGACUGAUUCUGCUCGAAAACCGUGGACUGCCACAGCUAAUCUGGAGUGGAUUAUAGCACAAGUCAAAGAGCUGGUGCAUCAAAACAGCAUUCAGACUGCUGUAGAUGUUUUCCUUCAAGACGGUUUCCUUAUACCUACUGGAAAACAGCUAUCGACCCUGAAGAUAGAGCCAGAUGAGGUUGAGGACCUACGCCUCCCCCGCACCCUCCUACGGUUUUGGCAACCACUACUAAAAGUCUUACACUCCCAGACAUUCACUCAGGAACUACUGGAGAAAAUGUUUGCUGGCGUGGGAAAUUACAAGAAGAAGGCACAGGUCCGGGAGCACUACCUAAUCUGCUGGAUUGCUGAAAUUUUAACAGCAAAUUACAGAGCAGAUAAAAAAUACAUGGUCGGGUCUCGUAACCAGACCCAUGUGAAAAGCAAAUGGAAGUUCUUUUCUCACAGUGUGUCUUUACAAUGGAAAAAGCUGAUUCAGAAGUGCCUUGAAUUUCCAUGCCAGACGACCCCACAAGUUCUACAGCUGAUUUUUUCAAAUACAAAAAAUCACUUGCCAUUGGCCACUCAAGAAAAGUUGCUGUGUCUCUGCUCAAUCUACAUCCAGGAUGCAGGUGCUGAUGGUUCGGUAGACUAUAGUGAUCAGCCUAUCUACACAGUGGAGAGCUUACAGUGGAAAAUAAAGCAGGAUACUAAAACCAGAUCCUUCAAGCACUGGGCAAGAUCCCAGCCUGACGAGGAGGAGGAAGAGAUGAGUGAGCAAACGGAGGAUGAGGAGAUGAUCACAGAGCCGUACGAGGAAUACAUUCAGAUGAUAAACAGGAAGGCCGCAGCUGAGAGGAGAGCAGCGCUAGAGGGCUCUGCCUGGGGGGUCAGCUCAGAAUUUGUGAAGUGGGGCGAGUAUCCACUAGGAGUAGUCCCUGGGCAGACGGAAGACCCUGGCUGCCUCUUGAUUGACAGUUAUUCUAUGAUGUCUGUGCUAGAACAGCAGGACUCUGAGUCCCGGAGCAUUCCAAUCAGUUCUCCCGCUGUCACUACUGCGGCCAACAAGAUGUACUGGAGCCAGCGUGAACUGAAUCACAUUAAAGCCGGGCUGCGGCUCUUCUGAAGAUCUGUAUUCACCUGCAAAGACUCAUUCCAACCGGUCGGUGACAUGACUUGUGAAAACCUUCAUAUUGAACUUGCCAAGAUUUGUUUUGUUACACCAAGGCUUUUUUUUUUUUUUCUUUUUUGGUAAUGUUUCAUUUUUAUGCUUAAUUCCACCCCACACCUUCAGAGUUAUACUUGGUUUUUAAUACAGAGCGUGUGUGGUGCACACUUUCCUAGUGCCAAAUCUGUAUAUUGGCUGUGAGAUUGAGUCGUAUUCAGAUAUAAUUGCAGUGCCUCAUGGAGGUUGUAUUCCAUGAGGAGCAACAAAGAAACCAAUCCAAAAUAUAUCUUCAUUAAGCGCUCAUGCACACAAACGUAUUUUUUUUGUCCAUAUCCGAUCUGAAGACUUCAAAAAGGGUUGUGGAGUCAGAGCUAGUUUUGGGUGUAAUUGGUAGAAAAGUCCUGACUACGACUCCAGCUUAAAGAAAUAUUAUCUGUUGCUAAUAUUGUGUAAUUUAUUAACUUUCAUGGAAAUUUUGAAAAGUUUAUAUAUAUUUUGUUCUAUCAAUCUAAAGGUGCAUUUACAUGCAUAGACUGAGCAGGCUAUGACCGGGAAGGGACCGUUCAUUCUCAAUAAUUGCCUACUUGUCAGUGGAGGUGAAGAGCUGGAUUUACAUGCAGCAAUCUCCUCUACUGCCAUUGCUCGUCCUCACACAGAUUCAUAGUUUUUUGGCAGCACAAUCUGCUGCCCAGAAAUAAUGAUUUAAUGUGCUGCAUGAAGGAUGAACUUACCCGGUGAAUGUGUUUAGCUCGAUCAGGUGAUCCACAGCACAGUUACAUGAACCUAGUUUCAGGAGCGAGCAUUUGUAGUAGUUUGUUCCUGAUAAUUGGCCCUACGGUUGUGUGGCGUAAAUCUGCUAGAAGACCCCUAUUUAUCAAAAACAGGGGUCAGCAGGGUGUUCCAGUGGUAGUAAUCGGUUUCCACCUCUCCAGUUUUCUCACUUGUACCUUGCUGCUCCAAGGCCCUUCAUUACAAUUAGGGAUGUAAUUGUAUAAAACUGAAUACUGUACGGAGCGAGCGUGCUGUACAGUAUUAGAAUGUAUUGGCUCCGAUGAGUCAAAGUUAUUACUUCGCGAAGUCUCGAUUUGAUUUCUAUAGUAGAAAACCAUUUCCCAAACUCUGGUUUGGUUCCAAGUGGUACCUUGGAACAGAACCAGAGUUCGGGAAAUGUUUUUUUUUUUUUUUUUUUACAAUAGAAAUCAAUUUAUUAAGUUAUUACGCAAAGUUUUGCGAGUCUUGCGAAGUAAUAACUUCGG